UGUUAUCACUCUACGAAAUGAUUGGAAUUCAUCAUAUUUUUGACAUGGUACAUACUGGCAUUUUCCAAGAAAAUGCUGAUUGCAGUUCCCUCCCUCCCGACUCGUGUAGCGGUGUGUAUACCAUCCAAACCGAUACCGGAAUGAACAUUGAUGUAUUUUGUGAAAUGGAUAUUGACAAAGGUGGUUGGACAGUAAUUCAAAGACGAUUUGAUGGUUCCAUAGAUUUCUUUAGAUACUGGCAUGACUACAAAACUGGAUUUGGAGACGUUGCUGGGGAACAUUGGCUUGGAAAUGACCACAUUUACGCAAUAACGCAACAAAGAUCCUACAAAGCACGAUUCGACCUUGAAGAUUUUGAGGGACGAACGAGAUACGCCAUCUACACUACGUUCAGUAUUGGUAACGGAGGAACAAAUUACACACUGAGUUUGAAGGGCUAUAGUGGAAAUGCAGGAGAUGCUAUUAAACCUGAACGUACAAAAGCCAGAAUCAAUGGUAUGAUGUUCAGUACACGUGACCGAGACAAUGAUCCUCACAUGACUAAACAUUGUGCUGUUAAAAAUCAGGGAGGAUGGUGGUUUAAUCAGUGUACACAAGCAAAUAUAAACGGCAUUUACGGCAUGAAUGUAACGGACGAAACCAAUAUCAACUGGAAGACCUGGCAAGAUGAUACUCCAUUGAAACAAACGAGAAUGAUGAUAAAGUCGAACUGAUAAGAGAAGAAGAAAUGAAUAAAUCUUUUUUGUUCAUUU